CAGAAGGAUCAAGUCAACUUUGAGAAAAGGGAAUGUCAACCACUUCUGUGUGUUUUGGUGUAGCGUUAGCAGAGUGUGCAUAGUUUAAGCGAGAGAAAAAAAGAUUUCCAGUAAGCCAGUUAUAGUUGAUAAGUCAAACACUUUUCUGCUACUUUUUUUUAAUUAAACAUCCAGACAGCCAUGGAGAGGGGACUACUCUGUCGGACAUCACUCUGGGGAAAGAAGUCCGUUUUUUGGGUUUUCUCAGUUUUGCUCUGCAUUAGUGGAGGUGAAGGCGAGAUGUCCCGUGCCCACCCCACCCUCAGUGUUUUAGCGACCCACCUGAACUACAUCUGUCCCGAGGGUGCUACGGUCCAGAUGGUGUGCGCCCAGAAAGGAGCCGCCUUGCACCACAGCGAUGUCUUGAAGCAUGCCUGGCUCUACACCCCCCACAGAGAGCAGCAGUGUACGGGACGGACGGGCCCGCGCCAUAUUGUCGUGGGCGGUCAUUACCAUGGCAACCACAGCUUGCCGGCAGGGCUUAAAUUUGGAUCAUCAGAGCUCAACUUCUGGGUCGUUCUGCAGAAUUUGACCCACGCCGACCAAGGUCGUUACUGCUGUAUGGUGCUGGACAUAGAGAAGGGCCACAAACACGGCACCAUCGUGCAGAGACCCCACAGCCACAUCACCCUCCAAGUAACACCACGAAGCAAUGGAUCUCUAAACUGCACUGUCCAGGAUCCCUCUCAAACUGGAGGCUUCGCUCCAGUGGCCGGGGCCAUAGCAGCCUUCAUCUUGACUCUGCUUUUCCUGCCUCUUAUUAUGGUGCUUGUGUACAAACAGAGGCAGAGCAGCCAUUCGAGCAGACGUGCACAGGAGCUGGUGAGGAUGGACAGUGAGGCUCUUGGACAUGAGAACCCUGUGUUUCUUGGAGGAUCUCCGCAGAUUAAGACCCGGACAGUUUCUCAAAUCAUGACCAGGCAAUCCUCAGAGACAGGACGCCACCUGUUGUCCGAGCCCGGAACCCCCCUCUCUCCUCCUGCACAUGGGGAUGUAUUCUUCCCAAUAGAAGACACCAUCUUUGAAACUCAAGACUUCAUGCAGGUUUAAAGGGGGCUGGAACCUGCUGACCUGGAAACAGUCCUGCUACUCUCUUCCUCUUCUUGCUGCCUCCGGUGGGAUGUUGCCCUUAUCAGCUGUCUCACAAUAACCUCUGCUGGGAUCUUCGUCUGUACAUUGUCUGGACCGCUGGAGGGAUCAGACUGCGGUUUUUAUUUAAAAACUAUUUCCACCUGCAACAACAGCUGGAGGCCAAAAGCAUACUUCUGCCGGUGUGCAGUUGAGAUAUUGGUUUGUGUGUGAUGUUACUUCUACACACUGACAAUGACUCCGGGACCGACAGGUGCCCGCUGCUUGAGAAAAAUCCAGAGGGGAUGGGGGUCCACCAUGUGAGGGGUGGCAUGUCAAAAGGGAUAAAACUUGUUCUGUGGAUUCAAAGAGCACCUAGUAUGAUAUUGCUUGUCUGUGUCGUUUAUUUAGGCUGGUGUGCGCUCUGUGAUUCAAUCUGGUGCAGACCCAAUCUGCUCUGGUGCGGUUUGUCUGUGGUGCGGAUGCAAAGACAACCAAACAUACAAUUAUGUGAUAGAAAGUAAAUGACAAUAAUCUCAAUAACGUGACCAAAUUGACAUAAUCCAUUUGAUGGAUGAAACUGUCAAAGAAACGAUCUAAUAAUAUAAGACGUAGAAGGAUUUGGUAAACAUAAUGAUUCCUACAUUACGACGUUGAAUACAUAUUAUUUAUCACUGGCUGUCAGAUAAUGGAGUAAACUAGUUUUUUUACCAAUGCCAAUAAAUAAUGACAAUCACUUAAACUCUUCAAGGGGUCAUUAGGAACACCAAAAGGACCGAAACAACAAUUCAUAUUUAUUUUUCUAGUAAGUUGCCAAAGGCUCUCUAUGAUCCCUAUCUUUAUAGCAAAGUGCUUCAAUAGCUUCAUACCAAAGGAGGAUACAAAGUGUUUUUAAAGCAUUACAGACUUCCUCUGUAUCAUUCCACUAGGCCCCAGCUUAUUUUCUCUUCCCUCUUUGCUACCUCAGUUACUGUCAGCUCUGCUGCUCUAAAUACUCUCAUUACUUCCUACUAUCAGAAACGCAGCACUUCACAGUGGCUUUAAACAUUCAAAUGUUUUUGUAUUAAUAAUUGUUCAUGAAUCUCAUUCCUGCUCAUGUAAAGUUAAGAGAUCAUGAAUAAAAUGAUGAUUAUUUUUGUCCUGAAUGUAACAGAUUGCUAUAAGAAAACAGUAUCAUAGAUGUGAUGUGUAUAUAAGUGUUCAUUCAUAUGUGUGAGCAUGCAAUGUGAUGUUAACGAGUAAAUACUAUUAAGCAAACAUGGCUUAAUGGCAUUCAAAUUGCUAACCAUAUCAUAUUGAGGUCGAUUGAGAGAGAACAAGAAGUGAUUGGUAAUGACUGUUAUGUGAAUGCCUAUUACGUAGGCUGCGUGUGACUGUGAGAAACCACUGGUGGUUAUUUCAUAUUGAGGUUAAAUGUGUACAGCAGGUGCUCAGCGGAAAUCAUCUCAAAAUGAUAUGUAGCAGGUAAGUAGGACAGGGUAUCUUUCUGUUUUAAAUUUGAAUUCUUUGAUAAAGAGUAAUCAAGGUUUUUAAAUGUGUGAAUUUGAGUAUGUGUGUAUGUGUGUGUAAUUGGGUUGAAGUUUCAAGAAUAGGUUUGUGGUUUGGUGGUCUGUGUGUGCAUACUUGCAUGCAAUUCUGCAUCUGAAUGUUUGAAAGCGUGUUUUAUACUGUGCAAAGCUUGCAUUGGAUGCAGACAUGGAGGAGUGCUGAAAUAGCCUUUUUGUUUCACAGUUUAUAUUGCAUUUGAAUAGCGUUGGUUGUAGCUUGUAUAAUAAAGUGGAGCUCUUAAAACCUUAAA